AUGACGGUUGCAGCUUCGACACAUGUUAAUAUUAAUAAGGAGCCUAAUUCAAAUAAUUGUCCAUUAAAAGUGUCUCUUGUUAGUGUUGCUCAGAGUAAACCUCAGGAAGUUAAUAAUGAUGAAAAUGUUGUUAUUAAGACUUUAAUUAAUAAUUAUACUACCCAAGAACAUAAGUUUGUAGUUAAUGUUACUUAUUCACACCUUAACUUACAAUUCAAACAUUUUAAAAAUUCUAUCCGGCCAAAAGAAUCUAUAUUAUUUGUCGUUAGUGAAAUAGAAAUUAUUCAAGAUGAAUUGUAUAUUUACGCGAGGGAUAUCAAUUAUGUUGGUACACAUUUAUCAGCUAAAAAGCAAUUAUCGAGCCUAGUAAUUCACAAUUCUGAUGAAAUCGAUUUAAAUCAAUCAGAUGUGUUAACAUCUAAUCCUAG